CCCGCUCGGCGCUGAGCUGCCUGCUGUUGCACUUGCUGGUUCUCUGCCUCCAAGCCCAGGUAACUGUUCAGUCCUCACCUAAUUUUACACAGCAUGUGAGGGAGCAGAGCCUGGUGACGGAUCAGCUCAGCCGCCGCCUCAUCCGGACCUACCAGCUCUACAGCCGCACCAGCGGGAAGCACGUGCAGGUCCUGGCCAACAAGCGCAUCAACGCCAUGGCAGAAGACGGGGACCCCUUCGCAAAGCUCAUUGUGGAGACAGAUACCUUUGGGAGCCGUGUUCGAGUCCGAGGAGCUGAGACUGGCCUCUACAUCUGCAUGAAUAAGAAGGGGAAGCUGAUCGCCAAGAGCAACGGCAAGGGCAAGGACUGCGUGUUCACGGAGAUCGUGCUGGAGAACAACUACACGGCCCUGCAGAACGCCAAGUACGAAGGCUGGUACAUGGCCUUCACACGCAAGGGCCGGCCCCGCAAGGGCUCCAAGACGCGGCAGCACCAGCGCGAGGUCCACUUCAUGAAGCGGCUGCCCCGCGGCCACCACACCACGGAGCAGAGCCUGCGCUUCGAGUUCCUCAACUACCCGCCCUUCACGCGCAGCCUGCGCGGCAGCCAGAGGACUUGGGCCCCGGAGCCCCGGUAGGCGCGGCCGCCCUCCCCGCCGCGCGGCGCCGCUGCUCGCGGGGGAGCACAGAGAAACUCCGGGAGCCGAGGUCCGCGCUGCUGAAGGCUGGGGAGGAGCUGGGGGAGCCCCGGGUUCUAGCCUUUGAUAAUUGUUUGCCGUUGGGUUUUUUGUUGUUGUUGUUGUUUUGUUUUGUUUUGUUUUUUUAAACAAAAGA